AUACAUGUUCUAGGCUCAUUGUCUAGUUUUGAUCUUAUUUCAUAAACACAACAUCAAUAAAAGCAAUCAACCAAUAGUUGAGCUUGAGCUUGCAAAUAUGAAAGAUGUGGAACCUAAAACCCCUUGAUGCAGAAAAGCUAAAGAAAAGGUACCUCAUCUAAAAAUUGAGAACAAGAAGAUAUGUUCCAACUGUUCACAUCAAGCUCUUGGAAUAAGAAAACACCAAGAACAAUACCACUUGGCCAACAGAGAGAGAGAGAGAGAGAGAGAGAGAGAGAGGGGCUCUCUCUCAUGCAAGAAGAUUCUAUGCCUUAAUUGGGAAUUUUUGUUAUUCCUGAUCUCAUAAAUUAUCUUGACAGUUCCUGCUGAAAAGAUUUGCAGACUAUUUUCAUUUGCCCUUUCAAUGAAACAAGAGACAAUUGAAGGAUAAGUCAUGUCAUCUUAGCUAAUGGGUAAUUCCUCCCUUGGAAUUCAUUCCAAUUUUCAUUUGGGCUGACAUGGAAUUGUAAUCAGAAAAACAAGGAACCUUUACAACCUUUUAACUCUCAAAUCAAAACUUAAGAAUCUUUAUCUUGGCCUUGGCAAAAUCUUAAAUACAUUCUCCUUUAGAUCACAAAUUUUGUAUCAAUUUUCAUGUUUGUAACAAUAGGUUUAUAAAAUUUUAACUAAACAUCUAAUCAAUCUUUGAACUUAACAAAUUGUGUCUAACAAAUUUCUAGCAUAUUCAACCUAUUUUCAAAAUUAUCAAAUCUAUUCAACUUAAAAUUGAAAUGAUCAAUCCAACAGAUCAUAGCUAUUACAUAGCUAUUAGGUCACUUAACUUCUUUUUACAUAUAGACUCAAAUUCUAAAUUUGAAUCAUGUAGCCAACAAAAAGAGAGAAAAAAGAGUAUCAUAAAAUUUUAAUGUCAUCUAUUACCAUGCUAAAUCAUCACUAGGACUAACUUUUUAUAUAAGUUUUUAUAAAUUUAAUCACCAAUUAAAUUCGCAGCACAUAUGUUUUUAUCAGAAUAUAGAAGCAUUUACCGACAGGUGAUGCAAAAGGCGAGAGCCAAGAAGAUCAUUUGGUGGGACCUUCAUUUGGUCAUCUCCUUCAUGUACGGCUGCUAGGAAGAUUACCUUUACCAAAGCAUCUUUAUUCUCCAAGAUCUGGCUUUUUCCAGCCUUUCCCUGCAUUGUUUUGUUUACAAAUGGCUGCCAAAUCUUGCACAGGAAAAAAGUAAAAUCCAAAACUUCUUUAGAAUUGGAUAAGCCUCAACAAGCUCUUAUCUCCAACUAAGAAGAUACUCCAAAAUAUGUUAGGCCAAGCCAAGUUCAGCAAUGUGAAAAUGACAAGGAAAUAGAGAGAAAAACAGAAUAAAAAGUACAAAACAAAAACAAAUAUAAUGAAAUGUUAACAAUAAAUGCCAAAUAAGAAGCCUUGACCUAUUUAACAAAUGGUAAAUUCCAAUAUUCUUAAUGGCUAAAACUAGAAGAAAUGGCUCCAGAAUUUCACCAAUCUUUCACUCAUUCCUCCAACUUUGAUUUGUGCAUUAAGUGUCUCUACAUUUUUCCAUGAGACUGCACCUUGUCAUUAUCAAAUAUCAAGUGUCAUGAAUGGUAUUUUUAAAAAUCUGCUUACACAGCUACCUGCAAUACUAAAAGGAAAAACCGGGCAGAGAUUCUGAUAUUCCAACUUGCAGAAAUGAACAGACAACCCUAUGACAUGAAAUUCCACCUCAGUAUAAAUAGAACAAAGUAGGAGCUUAACACUCAUCAACAAAAAAAGAAAAACCAAGCUUCCUUCUUAACAGAAAGAUCACAUUUCCAAGAGCCAUGGAUAUGAAUGCAGUGAAAGGGUUGGUGGCCGAGAAGCCAGUAGUGAUCUUCAGUAGAAGCCAAUGCUCGAUGAGCUAUACAGUAAAGACACUCAUAUCAAGCUUUGGGGCUAAUCCUACAGUGUAUGAGCUUGAUGAGAUACCCAAUGGGCAUCAGAUUGAGACACUGCUGCUUCAACUAGGAUGCGAGCCAUGUGUGCCUGUUGUGUUCAUUGGGCAGAAGUUAAUUGGUGGUGCUAGAGAGCUCAUGAGCCUGCAGGUCAGGAACGAGCUUAUGCCAUUGCUCAUGAGUGCCAGAGCUAUAUGGGUUUGAAACAAAAGCUGUAAAUUCAGCACAAAACUCUUGAGAAAUAUGCUGAUAAUACACGUUUUCUCGUUUUUACUUCAUUUCUUCUUCUUUUUCUCCUUUUUCUACUUUGUUGGUUGGUUUGGGGACUCUUGACUCUAUUUUGACUUCCAAAGUUAAGAAUUGAUAGCACUUUUUACCCUCUUGUUCUUCAUAUAACACACACUGAUCAUGCUAAAUAAAGAGGGGAUCCCUAUAGCAUUUACAA